CCUCAAGCCUCACUUUGCUCUCUCACAUACUACGACUGUGUUCCACAUAUACUUCUUCUACUCUUGACUACAAAUUCUAGCAAUGGCUUCCAGCAGCCCUCUUGAUAUCCUUACGGACAUUGUGUCCACCGGUAUGCCCGUCACGUUCACGCAAUUCAUCGAUAUUUUUCGCACUAGGGAUGGAGCGCCGCCCUUCCAGGGCAACGUAGGGUACCUGAACCACGGCCGCAAGGUCGCUGUACUACUGUGUCCUCCAAUACGUCAGACGGUGCGGGCUAGGGUGACGGACGAAGAUGAAGCUACCAGUAUCGUGGCUCCCGGUUCUUGCCUCAUGGGACAGGAGGUUCCAUCGAGCGAGACUAUGUCAAGCUUACCGUCAUCAUGCGGGAGCUGGAUCGACGGCUUGAGCGCAAUAGGCGUCGACGAUAAAUUGCAAAUCAAUUGCGCUCAGAUGACUACCUCGAACAGCGUGGGCCAGGCAACGAAGCCGUGUAACGUUGCAGAGGACUGCCUCCUGCCAUUGGUGAAGAAAGUCUCGUUUUCUCCGACCGUUACACGCUUUACCUAUGAGGAGUUGGACGACGUCAAUGACGAAGUGACGUGCAAAUUGGUCCAGGACCAAUGCAAAUCAAAGAAGUUUACUACAAAGCUAACAAACGGGCAACAUCUGUCAGCCACCGAAGCCCGAUCCACUACCGACUCUUCAUCGGAGAGAGCAUCGAAGGACACGCAGGAAGAUGUGUCUCCGUCCGUGGUUAGUGGAGCUAAGCGCUGCCGGCUUUGGAAUCCUUUCCACGUUGUGCGUGGGCAUCAGAAAUUGGAUGACCCCCUGUCAACGAGAAAGACUACACCAGUGUCUAAGAGGAAAGCGGUUGGCGCGAACGUCAGGUCGUCGGGGCAGUUUACGACCACCGGAGCUGAUGUUGGGUCCCAAUCAUAUUAUGCUCCUGAAUUAGAUGCAUAUUUCUCCGAGGACGACGCAAUCAAGAACUGCCUCCCACCAGUAUUCCGCUUUGAAAGAAGUAAUCGACAGUGGGAUAAGCCACUGGUACAGAAAGGACCACCACGUGUCCCACAAAGAAAGAUCCUCGCUACAAAGACCCGAUAUUUGAUGUCCCGAUUCUUCUGAAUGAACAUUUGGUGGUCAUCCCGGAGCUGACAAUCGUCACCGUUUCUCUGACCAUUCAAAGUAUGAUUUUAAUGGCGCCGCUGCGCUCAACGAGAUUACCAAUCGCACACAGUAGUUUUCUUUCUACACUUUGUUUCGUGCUUAAGACGUGGACAUUGGACUCCCGUUGCUCCUACGGACUGAUUUCUUGCUCUGGACGCUUCGUACCUUUGUGCGCGAAUACUGUACUAGAACCCUCUGCUUCAUCUGAGCUACCGCGUGCUCGUACAACUUGUUUCUAUCAUUUGUAGCUACCUCUCACUUGGAUUGUCUCGUGACUUCGGACUGUAGCUCAUCAAUUUUACCUUG